AUGAGAAGAGAUAACCAGAGCAGUGUGUCUGAAUUCAUCCUCUUGGGGCUCCCUAUCAGGAAGGAAGAGAAAGGCAUGUAUUAUGCUCUAUUCCUGGUCCUGUACCUGACCACGGUGCUGGGGAACCUGCUCAUCAUCCUGCUCAUCAGGCUGGACUCCCGCCUCCACACCCCCAUGUACUUCUUCCUCAGCCACUUGGCCCUUGCUGACAUCUCUUUCUCAUCAGUCACAGCUCCAAAGAUGCUCAUGAAUAUGCUGACACAGAGUCAAUCCAUCUCUUAUGCUGGGUGCAUUUCACAGGAAUUCUUUUUCUUCUUGUUUGGUGGUGUUGACAGCUUCCUUCUCACUUCAAUGGCCUAUGACAGGUAUGUGGCCAUCUGUCAUCCCCUCCAGUACAACAUCAUCAUGAGUCAUAUCCUCUGUGUCCUGUUAGUAAUUUUAUCCUGGGUCCUAUCUGCUGCUGGUUCCCUUGUGCACACUCUCCUCUUAGCCCAUCUCUCUUUCUCUAGAGACAACACUCUCCAUCACUUUUUCUGUGAGCUUCCUUCCUUACUUAAAUUGUCCAGUUCAGACACCACCAACAAUGACCUGGUUAUUCUCAUUGUAGGAUCAAUGGUUGUUACUCUGCCAUUCAUGUGUAUUCUGGUGUCUUAUGGCCGCAUUGGGGCCACCAUCCUGAGAGCUCCCUCUAUUAAGGGAAUCUACAAAGCUUUGUCCACAUGUGGUUCUCAUCUCUCUGUGGUUUCUCUCUACUAUGGAGCAAUUAUUGGGAUCUUCUUUUUCCCCUCCUCCAAUAACACCAAUGACAAGAAUAUCGUUGUCACUGUGUUGUACAAUGUGGUCACACCCAUGCUGAAUCCCUUUAUCUACAGUCUGCGAAAUCGGGACAUGAAAGGAGCUCUCAGAAAUCUGCUCAAAACUUUAUUGAAGCUCUCUACAUCCUAG